AAAUUCAAUAACAGUUAUUUGUGAAUACAUUGCAUGUUGAAUAAAAAUUUUACAUAUUCGAUUCAAACAGAACUGUUCUAGCGUUUUGUUUGUUGGGUUUCGCAAUGAAAACCUUAAACUGGCCAUCGGCCAGUAUGGGUCAUUCAUCGUCAUCUUUAUUAUUUAUCAUUAUAUCAUUGUUAAUAAUUAUAAUGAUCGAUCUACCAGGUUCAACAUCAUUUACAAUGAGAAUUGCAUUCAUAUUUGAUCAAUCAAAUUCAUCAACAAUGGUGGAAUUUGAACAUCAACUACGACAAUUUAAUCCAAUCAAUGAAACGGUUUCAUUCAAUUUUGAUUACUAUAAUCGUUUGGAUGAAUUUGUUAAUGAAACUGAAACAGAUUGUCCAUAUUCAUUCGUAAUGGCAAUGGCAUCAUGUGAACAAAAUUCCAAAUUAUAUCGUCAUCUACGAAUUCAUUGCUAUGGAUCAAUCCUGUUUACAUUCUUUGAAUCAAUCUGUGAACGACCACCAAAAGAUAUUGGAUUUGGAAUACCGAAUAUUCGAUCGGCAAAUGAAAUCUUACCAUUGAUUUAUGAUGUUGGUCUAGUAUUGCCUGAAUCAUCGAAACAAAUUAUCAUUUUGUAUGAAAAUAAUCUAGAUUUAUAUGAUUUUCAUCGAUAUUUUCAUAAAUCAAUGACAACGAAAACUUUAGAAUACAGGUUGGAACCAGAAAUCGGUACUAACGAACGUUUAACACGAUCAAAUGAAGAAAUUAUCAACGGUUUCAACGUCGAUAUUGAUUCACCAACAUUUUUCAUUGUUAUUGGACGAAUGAUUUUAUUGGAAAAAAUAAUUCGAACAUUAAAAUUAUCAUCAUUGAGUAAUCGUCAGAAUAAAUGGACAUUUAUUAUCACCGAUAAUCAAGAUGUUGAUAAAAAUAAUAGUAAUAAUGUGGAUACGACAUUCAUCGAUAUGUCAUCGGAAACAAGAGAAAAACUUAGCGUUUCCGAUGUAUUUCUCAUACACAAUCAAUCAAAUAGGCAAUGUUUUCUUUCACGUAUGAAUGAUUAUAUUCAAACCGAUAUACUACAUGUGAUAAACAAAAGUAUUCAAAAUGUAUUCGAUCCAAAGACUAUACAUACAUUCAUAAAUGGUACAGCAAGUAAAAGGAUUCAGAUAAAAAAUCGAUUAAUGUCCGAUAUAAAGAUUUCAUUAGAUUCAAGUGAUUUUGGUCAAGAUUGUCAUACAUAUGUGGUGGAAAGUUUAUUUCGUCAUCGUACUAAUGAUCUGGUGGAUGAACAAAAAGGCAUCGUACAGAUCAAUAAUAAAGGUGUUAAAUAUGAAAUUCAUACACAAACACACGGUACAUGGAAUGUAUUCAAAGGUUUACUUACUGAUGGCCGUGAUGGUCCAUUUAGACCGGCUGUUGUUGAUUAUAAAAAUCGACCACUUAAAAUCGGUAUCGUACAUCAACCACCAUAUGUACAGAUAACAAUGGUGAACGGUACACAAGAUAUAAAAGGAACAAAUUAUGAAAUGAUUCUUGUGAUUGCGGCAAAAAUGAAUUUUACACCUGUUUAUACCGUAUACGAUACAAUGGGAUCAUUGCAAACCCAGAAUGAUUCUUUGAAAAAUUUAAUUCAAAAAGUAAGCGAAGGUGAAGUAGAAAUAGGAGCAAAUGGUUAUUGGAAAACAAUGGCUAGUUUUAAAAUUGCUGAUUUCACCUAUCCAUACGAUAUGGAAGAUAUUAGUAUUGUAGUGAGAAAAACUGAUGAAGAUCAUCGAUUUCUAUUUCUGGCACCAUUUGCAUGGGAUGCUUGGUUAUGUUUAUUAAUGAUUGUCAUAAUGAUUGGACCAACACUUUGGCUUGUUCAUCAUUCAAGUUGUUAUUAUGAAUAUUAUAAACUAAAAAAUGGUCGUGGUCUUUUCAAAUUGGGAAAUUGUGUUUGGUAUUGUUAUGGUGCAUUAGUCAAUCAAGGUGGUGAUUAUCUACCAUUAGCUAUUUCUGGUAGAAUUCUGGUAGCAUUCUGGUGGCUAUUUGUAAUCGUAAUCUAUACAACUUAUAGUGGAAAUCUCGUUGCUUUGCUUACGUUUCCGAAGAUAUUUAAUCCAAUAGAAAAUCUAGAUGAUCUUUUGUCACAGAAAGGCAGCAUCAAAUAUGGUGUAUUUAAAUCACGUGGUGUAGCCGAUCUGAUACUUGAUUCACCGGAAAAUCGAAUUCAAAUGUUGGCCGAUAAUCUGGAAUAUUUUGAAGAUUCCGAAACUCAAAUAGUAUUCAAUAUGGUUAAAGAUUUGAAACUGGUUCUACUAUCACCGGAUCAAGAGGCUAAACUUCUAAUAUCACAAGAAUAUCAACAAUCUAAUUAUCAGGAUUGUAAAUUGCGCAUAGCAAAAGAACCAUUGACAACUAAACCAGUUUCAUUUUUAUUACGAAAAAAUCUGGAAGAAAAUUUUGUCCUUCGUCUUAAUCAUGAAAUGGGUCGUAUGGCUAAAUCCGGAUUGGUUACCUUAUGGAAUCGUAAAUACAAUGUUAAGGGUAAUAAUUGCCUGUAUCCAUUAGUCAUGCGAAACUCGCAAGGUAAAGAAAUACAAUUAUCACAUAUGAUCGAUUGUUUCUUUCUGCUUGGAUGUGGUUUGAUCAUCGGUAUCGCUGUGUUGAUUGUCGAAAUGAUCAAACAAAGACAGCUACCAAUUUCAAUGAAAAAUAAUCCGAAAGCAAAAGAAUCGACAUCAUUAAUGAAUAAGAUGAAUAUGAAUAAAUUACGUUCAUUAUUUCAUAAAAUACAAAAUGGUUUCCGUAAUGGAUUCUAUGAAGAUCUGGAUCGACCAAAACAACCACUACAAUUAUCAGCCAAUGAUCCAAUGACAUCGAUGAUGAUGGUCAAACCAACAGCAGCAAUUGGUCGGCCAGCAUAUUUUACCUACAAUACUAAUUAUUACAAUAAUAUCAUUCGUGACCAAUUUAAUCGUAACCUAAAUGAUUACAGUAGUGAUUCAACAUCAUCAUAUAGAAAAGAAUGGAAUAAAACCUUUCGUCGUCAACAGAAAUUGUAUUAUUUCCAGAAAAAUCUAGAUAACCUUCCCAAAAGAAAUCCAAUGUCAUAUUCACGAAAACAACCAACAACACAAAAAUAUUGAUUUAUAUUAUCAAAAUAGC